GGGAAAAUGCUGUCACGAAGCAUAUGUUGUGAGUCCUCACUUCUUGCUUGUUGUGUUCACUUGUUCACAGGACCACAACCUGCUUGCUCUUAAGCCAUGGAAAAACUGCUGGUUCUUACUUUGAUGGUCGCCAGAGUCUGCGGAUGUGGCCUUCCUACCCACCCUCCUGUGGUGGAACGAGUGGUAGCGGGAGUGGACGUCAGGCCUCACAGUUGGCCGUGGCAGGUGUCCCUCCAGUCAGACAGCAGGGGGCGCUGGAGUCACGUGUGUGGAGGAACUCUCAUCACAGCUGCGUGGGUCCUCACUGCUGCACACUGCAUCAGCAGCAGCCGCUACAACUACAGCGUGGAAGUGGGGAAGCACAGUUUGGAGGCGAGCGAGGAGAAUUCCAUGGUUCGCAGGGCGUCCCAGAUGGUCACCCAUGAAAACUACAACAUCUUUCUCAGCCGUAACGACAUCGCCCUGAUCAAACUCUCCUCCCCGGUGCUCUUGUCUGACACCAUCAUGCCUGCCUGCCUCCCACAGCCCCAUGCUGUCCUUCCCCACGGCACCGCAUGCUACGUCACCGGCUGGGGUCGGCUGUCCACUGACGGCCCGAUGGCUGACAUCCUGCAGCAGGCUCGACUGCUGGUGGUCGGCCGUGACACCUGCUCCCAGCCUGACUGGUGGGGCGUCCUGGCGACGGACAAGAUGGUCUGUGCUGGUGAUGACGGCGUCUCUGCCGGCUGUAACGGAGACUCCGGGGGUCCUCUGAACUGCCAGAACCCGAAUGGCACAUGGAGCGUCCAUGGAGUGGUGAGCUUCGGUUCUGGCCAGGGCUGCAACGUCACCCAGAAGCCAACCGUCUUCACCCAAGUCAGCUCCUACAUGGACUGGAUCAACAAAGUUAUGAGCAGCUACUGACGAGGACGCUCAAUUGUUUGUCAAAUUUAUUUUUUGGGUAUUUUGGCAUACCGUAGCAAAGGGAUUCAUACGGCCUCAAUGCAAUGCAGUCUGCUGAAAACUAUGGAAAACGGCACUCUCGGUAGCAACUGAUGUGUUCAAAGUCGGAAUUUCCACAAAACAUGUUUCAAGACAUCCAACACUCUACUACCGACUGGCGGCUAAAGUGGAUAGUGCCCCCCCCCCCAAUUUGUUGAUGUGUUUCGAAUAAUAACACUGAAUUUAAAAAUGAAUUAAAACACUUUUAAAAAGAGUCCAAAAAAGGUUAAAGCCGCACAAUUUUUAUCUACUGUAUAAACCAGUAGUUCUUAACCUUCUUGGAGGUACCAAACCCCACAAAUUUCAUAUGCACAUUCACCAAAUUCUUCUUUCGUGAAAAAAAUAAAAUAAUAAUAAUUUUAAAUUCAAGACAAAGUUAUGUUUUUGUUUUUUUUAUUGGUGCAUAAAAUGUUUCAUAUGUCAGGUAAACUGCGACAAAUGCGGCUGUACGAAUCCUCUUACUACUGCGUAGCCCAAUGUAACUUUUAAAGACUCAUUUAUAGUCUCCUCUUAAAAUAAACAGGUGUUUAACAAUACUGAAAUAAAACCCAUUGCAAAAUAAUUAACAUAUCAAUUCAUUUCUGCACAGUGCUAGUUGCCUCAAUAACAAAAAA